UGAUUAAAACAAGUGGCCGUUCAGUUGACUUUGCAAAUUACGGUGAUAUUAAUACACCCCUUCCUCUUUCCCUGUCUCUUGCUUUAUCUCUCUCUCUCCUGUCGGAACAGUCCUAGGAUCCUGUUUGUUAGCAGUCAAUCAUGGCUGGUGUAAUGCAAGAUGACGCCAAGCUACACAAGUUUUGUCACGAUGGAAAAAUAGAAAAGAUAAAGGAUUUCGUUGCUACUGUUGAACCUGAGAUCCUUCUUGAUAGACUCAACAAUAGAAGAGGUGUUUUUGGCUACACCCCUCUUCACGAAGCUGUCUCCGGGAAUAGAUCCAAAGUCAUUCCGUAUCUCGUUGAACAGGGUGCUAACGUUAACGCCAGGGCUAAUUCUGGCUACACUCCGCUUCACCUUGCAGCCAGUGCUGGUCAUAUUGAGUGCGUCAAAGUAUUGUUGGACAGUGCUGCUGAUAUCAGCCUCACUGAUGACUAUGGGAAAACCCCAAAACAAACAGCCGGCCUGAGUUCAAAGUCGAAUAUAGUCCGACUUUUAAGGAGCGAAGAGAUCAUUAAAGAAGUGAAGACAAAUGGUGAUAACCUCACUGAGUUACUUCGAGUCAGAAUAGAUGAUCUGGAGCCUAACUGCCUUGAGGAUGCACUCACAGCUGCUGUUGAAGUUGGGAACCAUUUCAACGUUGGGAAACUUGUCGUGAAAGGUGCCACAAACAUCCAACAAGCUCUGGACGAUUCUAAGGAAAAACAGAAGCAUGAGGCAAGGGCCAUGCUCUUACUGGUUAUUGCUGCACAGACAAAUGACAGAGACUUGGUCCUUAAACUGUUUGGUGCACCAACACAGAAAAACUUGUCACAUCCACUGGCCAAUGAUGAUAAUUUCUCUGAAGUCCAGAAAGCCGUCAUAAGUGGGCGUGUCUCUACUGUUGUCCCAAUAGAGAUAGCAAGACGCCAUCAGAACCCAAUUGUACGAGAGGAGCUUCUCCUGAGGACUGAUGUGAACCAGGAAGAGGGUUCUGUCUAUUGGCACGGCCUCCGUCUACUUGUACUUGAUCUCUCUUGGAUCCGAAAGAUACACUGGGUGAAGAGACUCAGACUGGCUAGGAAUGGAUUUCGAGCCAUCCCAAACGAAAUCGGAGGCUACUUGAAACAAGUGGUGAAACUAGACCUCCAGCACAACGAGUUGGUUACUGUCCCACGCUGUCUCUUUGAGUUACCCAGUCUUAAUGAGCUCAAUCUAAGCAAUAACAAGCUAAUUGAAAUACCUGAUGUACACGAGUGGUCCCCUGGUCUCACUGUCCUGGACCUCUCCUCUAACGAGCUCUCUAGUCUACCAGCUGACGUUGUUGCUCCUUCCAUUAGGACUCUCAACAUUAGUUAUAAUCGCUUCCGUACUGUCCCUCUCUCUGUCUGCUCCUUUAUGAGUCUCCAGCACUUGAACAUCAGUUUCAAUCCAGAUAUACUCUCCCUCCCGGUGGAGAUGGGUCGAUUGCAGAAUCUCAUUAAGCUUGUUACCGACGGACUCAAGGACUUGAGUGAUCCUCCUCGUAACAUGCAGCGUGAUGCCAGGGACUGUGUACGAUACCUCAACAGUAAGCUACGCUCCGCUCGUCGGUUCUAUCGAAUGAAACUGAUGCUGGUAGGGAAACAGAACCGCGGUAAGACAACACUGGUCGCCCGUUUACAAGGACUUGAUGUCGGUAUCAACCAGUCGACUGUUGGGGUUGAUGUGAGUGAGUGGCAUUACGCUGGGGGACUGGGACGUAGGAAGUACCAGUUCAGUAUUUGGGAUUUUGGUGGUCAGGAGGAGUACUACGCAACACAUCAGUGCUUCCUUUCAGAGCGAUCCAUGUAUCUGUUGCUGUGGAACGUACAGCAUGGGGAGGAAGGUAUUCAAGAGUUGAAACCUUGGCUUGAUAAUAUUGCACUGAGAGCUCCUCGCUCUUGUGUCCUUAUCGUCGGUACUCACCUUGAUUCUGUUGAAGAAAGUGAUCGUCCUGAAGUGGACAAGCUCCUGGGGAAAGUUGCUGAGCUAGCACAGACCUAUCAC